AUGGGAGGCCUUUGGGCAUUUGCAUACAUCAUUACACCCAAAGGCCUCAUGUUUGCUAGGAACAGUAUCAAUAGCAGAGAAUUCCCUCCCCCAACAAGCGGCUACGUGAAGAUGUUCCACUACCGGCAGAAAGAGGAAGACCCGAUAGAAGAUGUCAGGGAAAUCUUCAUGGGAGACGCCGCCGCUGAAGCAGAAGGAAACACCGAACCACCAGCACCCUCGUUGAAGCACAAUUGGCCAGCCCAGGAUCUUAAUAGAUUCAAUGAAGAUCUUCAUGAGCAGGAAGAAGUUCAUGAGAGUAAUGAUGAUACUGAGGGUGAAGAGCUCUGUGAUUCUCCGAUGGUUGAUGCUGCAAUUAGCUGGUUCACAAGCGAACUCAAAAAAAGAGGACGUAGUGAUGAUGUGAUUGAUGAUAUAGUUAAACUAUUUAAAGAUAUGAUUGCCAAUAACAAUCAUAUCUUUAAAACAUCAAGAACUGUAAGUGGCUUGGACAUUUUUGAUUUUAAUUUUAAAAUCAAUGAUGAAAAUUGGGGAUUGUUCGCAAAUAUAUGCCUCCGCAUAACUUGCUGCACUUGUGCGGAGGCAAGCUGUGAAAGAACAAUCUCAGCCCAGCGUCUCAUCUUAACUUGUUCAAAUUUAAAGAUGAGUAAGGAAUUAAUGGACGCUAGGCUAAAGAUCAUGAAGGGAGCUAGUUGGAAAACAUAG